AUGCAGCUCUCAUCCUUCCUUUUUGCUACUAUUGCGUUGGCCGUCUCCAGCGCCUGGGCCCAGGCCGAGGGUGCCACUUCUAAUGAUCCUACCUGCCUGCGCAUCUGUCGUGAUGACCCUGUUGAGUGUCAGGCCGGCUGGGUCUCUACCCAGAUUGGCGCCGAAGGCGAGGAGGUAUGUAUCCACAGCAAAUAUCUUGUGACACGAUGCUGA